AUGCCCACACCCGCCACUUCCUUCUGCCCUGGAUUUCCUGGAAAGUGCUGCAAAAGCGGUGUGGGUGGAGGUCACAGCCCUCAGGUUGCAGGCUCUGCUGAGGUGGGGCCCAGAUGUCUCUGGACAGCCCCGGUGCUGCUUCUGACUCAGGCUGCUCCAUGGCCACAGUGCCCAUGUCUCCCACUAGACUACGAGCUUAUGGAAAACUGCAGACUCAAUGAUGUAGCACAUCCUUUCUAGAAGUGUUCUUCUGGGUAUUGCAACCCCAGUGGCACAGACUGUGUAGCCCCCUGCAGCAGCGUCGCCACAAGCCCCACACACAUGGAGAGCCACAGUAGAACCCAGGAGCAAUGUAGAAAGAUGCUUGACUCCUGGGCUCUGGGCCAGGGCUUGCCUGAGAAGCCCACCCCUCCCAGAAAUGUCUGUUCUUUGAGAGCUGAAGAAGCAAGAGUCUCUUCUAGCUCCCCAGGCUUGGCUUUUGGAGACAGCAGCAUCUCCGUGCACACUGGCCCCCUGGAGGCACUGGCAAGUAGGGACACUGGACAAACACCUCUACUGCAGCUCUCAAGCUGGGGUCAGUAGGGGACAGCUCUGCCAGGAGGAAGAUGGCCUGGAAACUCGUUCCCUGGCCUCCUGAAUGACCUGGAAGUUCCGGAGGAACUGAUUAUGCUGCUAGAUCUUGAGCCUGGGCCUGGCAGGAACAUGGCCUAUGGCACUACGUGACACCUGGCUGCAAGAUACGGGCCGCCUGCCACUCGGUCUACCUUUGCCUCCUCACUGCGGCCCAAUUGCUCACCCCUGAGAACCCUGAUUGAGAUGGAGGUGGCAAGGAAGCCAUCUGCUUGGACAUCUGUGGGACAGCUUGGCAUACACCUGGACCUGCUAGGGCGGGCAGGUGCACUGCAGGUGCUAUCCAAGCUUGGCUAA